AUGACAUUACAGGUUGAUGCAUGUCAGCCGGGUCAAGAUAUGGUUAUGGCAGCUGAUGUGAAGCCCAGUACAAGUAACGCUGCAAACACCUUACAAAGUGCCAUCGAUCGACGACCACUUUCCAGCAAAGGUCAGAUGGUAACAAUGUUUCGAAGUCAUCAUGCAAACGCAAGCCAGCCCUACCAAGAAAGCGACCGAGCACCAUGCACGACGUAA